UAGCGUCUGAUGCAAUUAGGAUAGUAGAUGAUUUGAAAUUUUCUGAGAAAUGUUCUUCGGUUUUAAUAAGGUAUUUUCUCAAAGAAAUUGCAGCAUCAGACUCUCUUUUGAAUAAAAUAUUUGAAAAGAAAAAUUACUCACUGUAUACAAAUAAUGGGGAGUUUACAUGAAUGUUGUCAGUUGUCAGUGAUAAAAUAAGCAUAUCACUUCAUAGACAUUUUGCUUUUAAAAGGUUUUACGCAUCAAAAUGUAGUUCUUAUUUUGUUCUUUCUAUUUAUAUGUUUUCAGAUCUUUUGAACAAUUUUUUAACAAAUAACUCAAUUUAGAAAAUCGUUCGAAAAAAUUUGUCCAGUCGAAAAUGACUAUUGCUCAUUGUUAUGUGUUCAGUUUUAUUAUGACUGAUCAUUUAGGGAUGAAACUUUCUGUAGAUAUAGUAUAGAAACUGUGUGCAAUUUUAGCAGAAGUUGCGUCUUAAAAACUAACUUUAUAAAACAGUUAUACGCAAAAUAAUAUCAUCCGAAAAAGUAUGUUGAGCAUUGCAUGUCUAAUAAAAGUUAAAUCUUGAACGAGGUAGAUUGAAAAAGAUCACCAUUUUAGUCAGACAUCUCUACAUUAUUUUCGAUUGAUAUUAACAAUGAAUUUACUUCUUGUCGUCUAUGAAACAGGCAAAACAGCAUUUUUCAGCAAAGGAUUCAGAACAAAAGGAAAGAUCGUCCACAUUUUCUCAUCACAAUAAAUAUAACAAAAGUCUAGUCAGCUCAUGUUUAGCAAUUAAAAAGCAUAUUGUAUAAAGAUCGUGUAAAAUGAAAAAUAUAAAACAAAUGAAUAAUUUGUAACAAGAAGUGACACAUAUCAAACUAUCUUGCAAUAUACGAGAAGAAUACACGACCAAAAUACAAUCGUAGAUUUUAAACCUGGGGUGUUAGAGACUGUUUUAAACAAUAUCAUACUCUGAAAUAUUUCUAAAUACUUCUGUAUGAUAAUAAAAUCUAGUUCCAGAUUUUUGAAAAAACAAUAUUUUUUGUUAUGUUUCAAAUAAAUACCCGUAGCUACAGCGUUAAAUCGUAUUUUAUUGUACCGUACGUAGUGUAUAGCGAAUUGUGACCAUUCAAACAGACAUUAGUUGAAACAUUAAAAGCAUAUUUUUUAUUUGUUUAAACAGGGGAACAUAUGCUCUAAUCUAUGGAUUAUUUAAUGACAUAAAAGUUUUUGUUUCUCUCAUUAUCAUUGGUCAGAAAACCUCGUCGAAAAUUACGAAUAGUAAGAAAUAGAAGCCUUAUUUACUAUGAACAAAAAAAUCAAGAAGAAGAAAAAACUUCUGAGAAAAUGAUGUAUAAUCUGAAACUGCAACUUUUAUUCUACCGAUUUGUAAUAAAAAAGUUUCGUUUUUUCCUGUUUGAAAUUCGAAGAAAGUCAUUCGAUUUUAACGUCGAAUACUUUUGUGGAAUUAUGUAUUCAGUAUAGUGAGUUUGCACUAUUUUUCACAACUUCAAAUUGAACAAACCUAGAAAACUCUCAGUUCUCAAGGUAAAACUUAUAUUUCUCGAUCAAGAAACAUUUUUAUUGAAGACUAAUUUCAUAUUUGAAUCAGUAUCAAAUGAUGUAUAAUUUAUUGGUCUGAAAAAAAAAAAUUCUUCCAUCUAUGUAUAGAGUAAUGUCGUUCACAGUAAUUUUCUGAAAUACGAUCUAAAAGAUGUAUUGAAGUAUAUAGAGUAGAACCUUGAACCUACUCUCUCCUCUGGUCCUCCACGAAUCAUAAUAGACGAGAGUUAGAAACUGUAACAGUUCAUGACAAACACCUUUGUAUUACAAAUGUUGCAAGAUGUUGUUAAUAUAUAAUCAAAGACCGUAUAUUAAUAAUAUCUCGUUUUAAUACAUGAACUGCUGCUUUAUUGCAUUUGUACAGGAUUAAGUAAAAGGAGUGUGAAAACAUGUGUCUCAAAAUAGACGGAAAACAACAGUGGUGCAACAAAUUCAAAGGCUUGGGAUUUUAUAUUAUUGGGUUUGGAUCAUUUGAGACAAAGUCCAAAUCCAAAUCUAUUUCAAAUCCUACAGCUCUUGGUUACAAAUUCUAAAUCUAUUCUAGAUUUGUUUCACCUCUAGAAAAAACAAUCUCUCUGAAUAGCAAGAGCAGCUACAUCAUAUUUCGCAUUUUAAUCUUACAGAUAUUGCGCUAUUCUAAUAAAAAGAAGAAUUUUAGUGACUUUGACUUUUCAGGUUAUAAUGACAUUUGAAAUGUGAUAAAGCUAUAUUCAGUACAAAAUAAGGUCUCUCUAAAUUCGAAGAAAAAACAUGUCUGUCUAGUUUAUGAAAAAUGUUCACGCACUGUGUAACGAUCAUAAUACCGUGUCUAUCUAAUAGCCGAAAAAACCAUCUAAGAUGUCUGUUUACUACUGUGCUGAUUUGAUUUGGGAAACCAUUAUCUCCUAAUCGAAGAAUAAUUUCAAGGAUCUUCUAGGACAUUUUUGAAAGUUAGGUAGAAAGCUAUUGAUGGUUAAGUUUCGAAUUCUACAAUUAUAUCUCAGUUCUUUUUAAAAGAAAAUUCGAAAAGCAUAUUACACAAAUAGAUCGAUAUUCUUUUAAAAUUUUAUUCUAGGUACUUGCUUUAUUCGUACUGAUCAACUUGAUGGUGAAACCGAUUGGAAAUUACGUACUGCUCCUCCUGUCACACAAUCUCUUGAUGAUAUCUCUAUUUUAGCAUCUGAUAAAACUCAUAAAGUAAAAAUUCAUACUGAACCACCUUGUUUAAGUAUUCAUGAUUUUAAUGGUGUUAUAUCUUGGAAAAAUGAUGAACCAUUAACUAUUGAAAAUGUUCUUUGGUCUGGUGCAGUUAUGGCAACAGGUGAAGCCGUAUGUUGUGUAAUUUAUACUGGUUCAGAUACACGUAUGGUUAUGAAUACAAGCAAACCACAUUCAAAGUUUGGUUUAGUUGAUAAAGAAAUAAAUAAUUUCACGAAAAUAUUAUUUACUGGAUGUUUGAUUUUAUCAUUUAUCAUGGUUACAUUAAAAGGUUUUCAAGGAUUCUGGGUUAAACAUUUAAUUCGCUUUCUUCUUCUUUUUUCUUAUAUGAUACCUAUUAGUCUUCGUGUUAAUCUUGAUUUGAGUAAAUUAGCUUAUUCUUUGUUUAUUCAAUUGGAUGAAAAUAUUCGUGGUUCAAUUGUACGUUCAAGUUCUAUUCCAGAAGAAUUAGGUCGUAUUGGUUAUCUUCUAACAGAUAAAACAGGAACAUUAACACAAAAUUUAAUGAUUUUUAAACGUUUAAGUGUUGGAACAACUUCAUAUACGAAUGAAAAUCAAAUUGAAAUAUCAGAGUUACUUGAAAAAGAAUAUACAAAACCUACUAUACGAACAAAUGAAAGUCAAGAGUCGAUCGUUGCAUCAGUAUCAACAUCCAGUGGAACACAUAAAAAUGUUAAAAAGACAGAAGCAACAAAAGCUUUUGAAGCUAUAAAAGCAUUAGCAUUAUGCCAUAAUGUAACACCUGCAUUCAAUGAGUCAACACCAACAUUAUCAGAUGCCUCCGCAAGACAUGAUGAUGAACUUCCCUCACCACCAGAUACACCAAGGACAGGUGUUACAUCAUUGAAUACCACUACUGGAUCAGAGUGUAUAGAGUUAUUGCCAUCAACAGUUGUUUCUUAUCAAGCAUCAAGUCCUGAUGAAAUAGCUAUUGUUGAAUGGACUAAACAAGUUGGUUUAACUCUUGUUCAUCGUAGUUUAAAAUCUAUAACAUUAAAAUUAAAUUCUACUCAACAAUUGUUUCAUUAUCAAAUAUUACAAAUAUUUCCAUUUACACCUGAAACAAAACGAAUGGGAAUUAUUCUACGUGAUGAACAAACAAAUGAAAUUAUAUUUUAUUUAAAAGGUGCUGAUACAGUUAUGCAAACUGUUGUCGAAUAUAAUCAUUGGUUACAUGAAGAAUGUUCAAAUAUGGCUCGUGAAGGUUUACGUACAUUAGUUGUUGCUAAAAAAUGUUUAACUAAUGAACAAUAUCAAGAAUUUGAACAACGUUUAUCAAAAGCACGUUUACAAACAAUUAAUCGUAUUCGUUGUGUUCAAGAAGUUAUUGAAACAUUAGAACAUGAUAUGGAAUUAUUAUGUAUAUCUGGUGUUGAAGAUAAAUUACAAGAAGAUGUUCGACAGACAUUGGAAGCUUUACAUAAAGCUGGAAUUAAAAUAUGGAUGUUAACAGGUGAUAAAUUAGAAACAGCAACAUGUAUUGCUAAAAGUUCUAAAUUAAUUGGACGUAAUCAUGAUAUAUAUAUAAUUCAACAAGUAACAACACGAGAAGAAUGUUUACUAGAAAUAAAUAUAUAUAAACGUAAAACAGACGCUUGUUUAAUUAUUACAGGCGAUGCAUUACAAAUAUGUUUGUCGUUUUAUGAACAAGAGCUUAUGGAAUUAAUAAUUCAAAGUCCGUCAGUUGUUGUUUGUCGUUGUUCACCAACACAAAAAGCAACUGUUACUAAUUUAUUAAAAAAACAUGCUAAUAAAAAAGUUCGAGUUUGUGCUAUUGGUGAUGGAGGAAAUGAUGUUAGUAUGAUUCAAAAUGCUCAUGUUGGUAUUGGAAUCGUUGGAAAAGAAGGUAAACAAGCAUCUCUAGCAGCUGAUUUUUCCAUUAAUCAAUUUUCUUAUUUAUCUCGUUUAUUAUUUGUUCAUGGUCGUAAUAGUUAUAAACGUGCAGCAGCUUUAUCACAAUUUAUUAUUCAUCGUGGUGUAAUAUUAACUAUUAUACAAGCAGUAUUUUCUUCAGUAUUUUAUUUUGCUUCUGUAUCACUUUAUCCAGGAUUUUUACUUGUCGGUUAUGGAACAAUUUAUACAAUGUUUCCUGUUUUUUCACUUGUAUUAGAUAAAGAUGUAUCUUCGGAAAUCGCAUUACUUUAUCCAGAAUUAUAUCUAGAAUUAUGUAAAGGAAGAAGUUUAUCAUAUAAAACAUUUUUCCUUUGGGUUUUUAUUUCUAUUUAUCAAGGUGGUGCAAUUGUGUAUGGUUCAUUUAUUUUAUUUGAUGAGGACAUGACUCAUAUUGUUUCUAUCACAUUUACUGCAUUAAUUCUUACAGAAUUACUUAUGAUUGCACUCACAAUUCGAACAUGGCAUCCGUUAAUGAUUGUCGGUGAAUUAUUAAGUUUUUCUGCUUAUAUUCUUUCAUUAGUUAUUUUUAAAUCUUAUUUUGAUGGUGCAUUUCUUCAAUCAUUGUCUUUCAUCUGGCGUGUUGUAGUGAUUACCUUAAUAUCAUGUUUACCACUUUAUAUUCUCAAAUUCAUUCAAAUCAAAUUUAAACCACCGAUUCAUGAAAAACUCACACAAUAUGCUACACUCAAAUAG